CGGCACGACGAGGAAGUGCCACAACCGUGCUGCUCAAUUCAAAGUACGCCAUAAAUAUGGCGCCAAAAGAGUUUUCAAGCUGAGGCUCCACCGCUCCAUUCCUCCUCCACAUUUGUUUUGUCUCUCUCGCUCACUCUCUCUCUCUCCUUUUUUAAGGAGGAGCGUGUAGAGCUGUCGGACGUAGGGGACGUGCAUCUUGUGCAUAGCCGCGUCCAACAUCGUGCGGCCCGGCCAGAGAGGGACGAGUAAGACGUGUUGUCCUGGUAGUGUGUUUUGGAAGAAGAAGAAGAGAGGUGGAGGACUGCGAAGCAAACUGGAUUGCAAUCUUUUGGGGGACCUCCGUUUUCCAAACUAUUUUUGGACGCUGUUGUAUUUUCGUGAAGAAAAAAAAAUGCGACAUGAUUUUUUCCAGUGAGCGGCAUGUCGUGCGCUGUAAGCCGCUCAGCGCGUAGUGAAACGCGGCUACGGUGGCGGCGACACCCCGGCCCCGCUGCUCCGUGACCUGGAGCUACUCCAGCGGACUUUUUCUCCCUCUGAUUUUGUCGGGGGUGUGUGAAUUUUAUGUGGAUUUCUUUUUUUUUUUUCCCUAAGCUGUCAAAGUGGGUGGGAGGGGGAAGGCUCCUGUCAACCCAACGUGGAAGUUCACCCAGAGGAACAACAUUUCCAUGUGCUUGGAUCCCGAUGGUCUCCUAAUCGGUGUGACCCCUUCCCCAGCAGAACAUGAUGGAGAUCGAGACGAAGAGGAGGAAAUAUUCCACCAGCAGUAACGACUCGGACACCACCGACAGUCAGGUGACGUCAUGGUCCAGGUCGUCCAAGAACGCGGCAACCAGCAUCACGUGGGUGCGACACCAGCACAAGAAGCAUUCAGAGGUGUUUCGCACAGAUUUCAUCACGGCCAUGAAGCUUCCCGACUCUGCGCAGCUGGGGCCCGACGACUUUUACGUGCUGUCGGACCCUUGGAGGCAAGAGUGGGAGAAAGGAGUGCAGGUGCCCGCCAACCUGGAGGCCAUCCCGCAGCCUGUGGUCAGGUUACUGCCCGAGGCACAAGACGUAACAUCCAAGGAGGGCGACGUGGAACCUUUGCCUCUCCCCGGCCAAUUGUACAGCUGCUACGACCUGGACGACACGGAUGUGGCCUGGCUGGAACUCGUCAACCAGGAGUUUGCGCAAAUGGCGCUGCCCGAGCUGGCCGAGCUGACGAUGGAGCGCAUCCUGGUGGAGCUGGAGCGCUUGUGCGAGGAGAAGAUGCAGCAGGCCAUCGAAGCGGAGGAAGGCCUGGGCAUCGAGUACGACGAAGAUGUGGUCUGUGACGUCUGCCGCUCCCCUGAAGGCGAGGACGGCAACGAGAUGGUCUUCUGCGACAAGUGCAACGUCUGCGUGCACCAGGCCUGCUACGGCAUCCUGAAGGUCCCGCAGGGCAACUGGCUUUGUCGGAUGUGCGCCCUGGGCGUACAGCCCAAAUGUCUGCUCUGCCCCAAGCGGGGCGGCGCACUCAAGCCCACCCGCAGUGGAACCAAGUGGGUCCACGUCAGCUGUGCCUUAUGGAUACCUGAAGUGAGUAUAGGCUGUCCGGAGAAGAUGGAGCCCAUCACCAAGGUGUCCCACAUUCCCGCCAGCCGAUGGGCUCUGUCUUGUAGCCUGUGUCGAGAGCACACCGGAACAUGCAUCCAGUGUUCGAUGCCCUCAUGUAUUGUGGCCUUCCACGUGACGUGCGCCUUCGACCACGGUCUGGAAAUGAGGACCAUCCUUGCCGAGAACGACGAGGUCCGCUUCAAGUCCUUCUGUCUGGAGCACAGCGGCGGCGGAGCGGCUCGACCCGAGUGGACCACUGAGCUCCCGGAGUCCAGAUCGGUACCGUAUUCGGUGUCGGAGAGGGCCGAGCGGGACCAGAUGGAACGGGACAAGGUGAGCCAGCGCAAGCAGAAGCUCCAGGAGCUGGAGGACGAGUUCUAUCGACUGGUGGAUCCCGGAGAGGUGGCGGAGAACAUGGCGCUGCCUGUCACACAGGUGGACUUCCUGUACCAGUUCUGGAAAUUGAAAAGGAAGGCCAACUUCAACCAGCCCCUGGUGACUCUAAAACGAGACGAGGUGGACAACCUGGCCCAGCAGGAGCAGGACGUCCUCUACCGCCGGCUCAAGCUUUUCACGCACCUCCGACAAGACUUGGAGAGGGUGCGUAACCUGUGCUACAUGGUGACACGGCGGGAGAAGAUGAAGCACAGCCUAUGCGACCUCCAGGAGAAGAUCUUCCACAUGCAGAUACAGCUACUGGAAGAGGACAUGGCCGGAGAGAGAGCCCAGAAGGGAGGAGGAGGAGGAGCAGGAGGAAAGAGGAAGCAGAGUGCAGGGAAGGAGAGCGGCAGGAAGAGUAGCCCUGACAAGCGAAAGGAGAGAUGGGAAUCAGACAGUAACUCGCUGCUUAAAGAGCUAGGUUUGUCCAAGUCCUUCCCGUUGGACAACACCUUGUUUGACAGCUGGCUGGCUCAGUCUGUGCAGAUCACGGCCGACGACACGCUCAGCAAGUGGGCUCUGGGUUCACGGCACGGGGACAAGAGCGGCAGUCUGCUCUCUGACCAGCUCCUGCAGGGCGAGGAGAGUUUGCUCAAUCUGAUGAUGGAAAACUCCAUGGAGUCCGCGUGGAAGACGCCCCAUCUGGGUCGCAAAUCCCAAGGCAGCUGCAAGCCCCGCCCCCGCGGACACUCGCCCUCCUCUGGCGCCGCGCCGCCGCCGUCGCCGCGGAUGCUUCUGUGCGCCGGCUCGGGGUCCUGCGCCUCCGCCGUUAAGGCCGCCUGGGCGGGCGCCAGGGCGGAGGAAAAGCACGGCUCCCGAAAGGGGUCCCGGGGUUUCUCCAGGGUCCUUCACCGCCACCACCUCCGCCGUCACCACACCAGGAGCUCCGACCUGCAGCCGCCCAUCUCCAAAAUGGACUCCUGCCACAUCUCGGAGGACGGCGGGGGCGGCGUCACGUCGAGGCCGCCGCCCGCUGCGCCGACCCCGCGGCUACGCGUGUCCCGCCAAGUGAAAUCUCGAGGGCGAGCCGGUGGUGGAGGGGCGUCCGAGGCCAAGGACCAGCGUUUGCUCCAUGGCGACGGCUACUUUUCGGACGGAGAGCAAAGUGACUUGGACACCGGAGCGCGCAAGCUCCGCCUGCCCCAGUUGCAUUCCGGGAACGAGGACCUGCUGAGGCGGAGCGUCAUGGCGUCCUAAGGACCCUGAACGCACCGUAUACAUGUUAGCGCUCUCCUUAGCCCACUGGCUCCACCUGUGCCCUGAGCAUUCUUUGAAUGUAGCCACUAGCCUCCUCGCGUCUCACCGCUAAGUUCCGAACGGAAAUAGGAAGCAGACGUCUGAUUUAUUUUUUUUUCCUCCGAAUUCUACGCGUUAAAAGACUUUGUUGUCGACAUCUUUGGGGCAUUCUUCUAAAUAUCUAUCUACCGAGGCUGGUUUCAGGGUCUUGUUCGAAUAGCAAGUGGUGUCGGAAAGCACAACUAGCGAGCAAGUAGCGUUUAUGAACACAGAAAAAAGAAGCUUGGUCAUUUCCAGAUCGAAGAGCAGUUGUAGUUGGAAAGAAGGAAAAAAAAGACCAUACAAAAAUAUUCUUCCUUAUUCAAAAUUCCGUUUGUUUGCCUGAAAUAAAUUCUGUGCCUUCUGUCGCACCCCUCUCCCCUCAAAGAAACCCCCAAGCCAAACAAUCGCCAACCAAUCAGCUGUCGCCCAAUCCAAUUUGUAACAAUCAAUGCGAAUGUGUCACCUUACUUAAUCAUUUUUUAGAGUGCCUGAACAAAGGAUGUACGGACAAAGCUUUGUUUUGUUUUCACCAUCAGAGGUGUUUUCAACAUCGUGCAGUGCCAGUUAACAGCCUCUAGAGGGCAGCAUUUAGGACGUCCGACUUCCUGUUCCAUUUACUUUUGCCGACGGAUGACGUGGCUCGGCGUUACAAGGUUGGCCGGCAAUUUGUGCGUUUGAGAAAAAAAGAAAACAUUGCUGUUUUUGUACUGAAGGAAAUCUGCGGUUAUCUCAGGGGUUUUAAGAAAAAAAAAAGGUUUAAAAAAAGAAAAAGUAAUGUCUUGAUAACUCGACCAACAAUUUUUUUUUUUUUUUGCGAAAUUAAAUGAUUCCGCUAGCGACCGCUAACGUAUCUAUCUGAAUAAAUAUAUAUAUACUGUCUAUAUAGAAAUACUGUAUACAUAUCUACUUUGUAUGUGUGUGUGCAUAUAUAUAUAUAUAUAUAUAUACACACACACAUACAUAUAAAAACGACAUGUAUGUCGAGAUUGAGAAACUUCCAUGUUUGGACGACUACUGAGCACUCGGUUUGGUCACUUGAUCAUAAUGCCGGGACCAAUCGUGCAUGGGCCCACUUUUUUAUGCCCUGCGUUUUUUUGGGGGGUCGGGGGGUUGUUUGUUUGUUUUUUUUUUUUGCGUGUGUCGCUCCGCUAAUACGACGAUUUCAAAAUGGCGCGUUGCUGCUGAACUGAUCACACAGUCACUUAAAGCAGGUUUUGGUGUAACAGGGUUUGAUGAUGCGACCAGACGUCAGCUAUCAAGUGUACGCGCUCCAAAUGCGGUCCCGAAACUCCCGAAUGCGAUCCCGCUGCUCCUGUAUGUGUGCGCAACACUCAUUGAUGUGCUCGUGAUACUCCCGUAUGCAUCGCCGACGCUCCCGUAUGUGUUCCUGAAAGCUCUCGAAUGCGCACCCGACACUCCUCUAUGCACUCCUUCCGAGAGGAGGCUGUUAUUACGAUUAUUAAUAUCAUUAUUCCUGCUGGCUAUAUGACAAUGACAACCGUUGACGUUUUCCGUGUUCCUUCCAAGUAGACAGCAAAGAUCGUAGCACGUAGUAGUGAAGCGGCGCGGUGGAGUAGGCGGCUCGAUGUACUCGAAUUUUAACCGCCACGCCUUCUCCUUAGUGUAGACAAACCGCUAUGAUACCAUAUUUACAGUGUGGCGAACACGCCCUUUCCUUCCUCGCUUCCUAGCCAAAUGUAGAGCAGGGGUUCUUUGCCUCCUGUGUUGAGUAGAUGCUAAGCUAAUUCUCGUGCGCUACUUUGGACUCGCUGUUGGCUGUGAAGUACACAUCAUAUUCCAAUUUUUUUUCCCUUUAAUUUUUAUGUAUUUUUCCCUCACGGGAUUCCGGUCAUGUGUUUUUAAACACCGAAAUAGUCAGACCACAUGAAAACACAUUCAACCGGUAGCACUGUAGCCUGAAGAAAGUUUGAGGAAUAGACAUGAAAAUGCCGAAGGAGUUGAACUACGUUUGGACUGUUAAAUGAAUUGAUGGCACUUAUGAAUACAGUAUACGACUUCAACUUCACCCUGUUAUCGGCAGCAUUUUACAGCAAAGCAUCGACACCCGGGCUGAAAUGCUAACUUCAUUGCUAGCUUGUAAAUGACAACCGGUUUCAAGUUAGUGUCUCACUCACAAUCCCUUCCCCCUACUGGCACAAAGUGGUAUUACAAGUUAAUUUGCCUUUGACUUCUGCAUAAUCUUACCUUUAAUCAACUCAAUUUUUUCAGGUUUUAAAGCAGAGCAUUCCAUGCCGUUUAUCCCAAGAGUGCUUUUACACUGGCACUCUUGAGUUUGCUUUAAUCCAGUUGGUCCACAGCAGUUAGUAGGUUGUCAUACACGUGUAAUAGUUUCUGCCUUGUUUUGUUUGGGCAAGAAGAUAAUACGCAUUUGGCUAAUUGCUGGUGUAAUUUAGCCAUGUUUAGCUUGUCCACGUAGUUAUUAAAUUGAAUUGAAUACAACUUUAUUGUCAAAUGUUAGUCAUUAAAAAAAAAAACGCUCUCGAAAAAUCCAACUUCCUGUAACACUCUUGUGACCAAUCAAAGAAGAGAGCAGCAUCAGAAUGUGGUCUCGUACACUCUUGAGUUUUUGUGAACCAAACCCUGGGGGGGGUCACGGACCAAGUUACAAACCCAUCAAUUGAUUCAGAGAAGAAAAGGCCGACUACGGGUGUGAAAGCACCUCAAUUAAACACUUAAAGUAGCACUUAACUCUCCUGUGACAUUUGUUUCUCAGGAUCGGUGAUAUUGUUCCUGGGUCAUUUUGACCCAGCGCGUAUUUGAUUAAUCAUAAGUGGAUAAACCAAAUGGAAAAAAACUAAUUGUAUCAAUUGUAUUUAUUAGUUUGGAUAUUUUUUUUUUGCCAUGAAAUGGGUCAAUUUGACUCCGAGUGGUGUUUCAUGAUCCUAAAGUGUGAGAAAUGAGCAAUCUUAAUAUCUCCGUUAUGAGCCUUUGCAUUACAAACCUGUGAAAUUGUAUCUGUUCAUAACACUUCGAAGCCAACCAGAAGACGUUUCCAAAGAAACAACUCCUUUUUGGGUUUAAAAUGGGUCAAUUUGACCCAGAACAGAACAGGAGGGGUUUAAAAUGUUUUCUAAGCACUUAUUGGCUUAAAUCGGGCAAAUUUUCUCUUUGUGUUCAUUUAAAGCAUCAUCCUCACCAGCACCAGAUUGAGUCCAGAUUAUGUUUAGACUGGGUGUGAAUCUGGAUCAGAAUCUAAGAAAGAAAAAAACAAACCAUCAAUCUUCCGCUGCAUCAAAAGUUUCUUUUGUCCAACACGUGAAUAUGAAUGUCGCAGGGGUUUUAUCCUUCUGUCUUCUUUUUGUUUUGAAAGAAUGUUGUGCCAUUUGUGAAUAGCAAAGAACUAUCAAACAUAUAUGAGAAGAAGAAAAAGCUAUUUUAAAUUAUUUUUUAUUUUUCUCUGGCAUUUUGUUUUGCUAUAUUUAUUUUCUUGUAUUAGAAUCUUUGUAGAAGGGAGGGACAAAAACAAACAAAACGUGUAUUUUUCCUUAGCGCGAGAAGCCUAUUUUCUUCCUUUUUGUACAAUUUGGAUGUUUGGGGCGAGACUUUGACAAGCAAUAUGAUGAUGUCCUUCCUCUGUGACUGUAUAUCUGCAUGCUUUUCUUGUGUGUUGCCUUAACCACGGCUGCCAAUUCCCCCCCACCCCCCCCCCCCACCCCACCCCACCCACACACACACACACACACACAAACCUCUUAUCCGGUGGUGUCCCACCCGGUCUGGUCCAGUGCAGUCCAAUAAAAGCAGUGCUUUCUGUGUACCCCCAGGA